AGGACUUGGCACACUACAAAGUGGCACCAUCGAUUAUUUGCAACGCUUUUUGGGAUGGUUGUUGUAGACGCCUACAGCGCCUAUCAAUACGAGGCAACAGCAGCAGACUGCCUCGAUUCUUCUAUCGCUGAUUUCAACUCUUUCAUCUCUCAGCUCUCGUAUCAAUUGAUUUUUAAUGACUUUACAAUGCAGCGCUCGACUCGAGUGGGUACUGGGCAUCAUAAUAAGGAAGAUGCAGCUCCGACACACACACUGCGAGCGUUUAGCACGCUGGAGCAGUAUCCGUGCCUCAGUGGGAUGGCGUUGCGCGCUCAGCGAAAGUGUGGCGUUUGUGGGAAGAAG